CUUACUGCAUUUAAUAAUCCUCACACGCCACUCCACCCCUACUUUUCUCCCAUCUCUCCCAAGAAAAAUACUCAUCUCACUUGAGUCUGCUUGCUAAUUAUCCUUUCUGAACAACUGAUUCUGCUCUGGGUUUUUCUAAUUUCUGUUUUUUUUCUUGGAGGAGGGUUAGGUGCCAUACAAUUUAAACCUAUUGAGCUGAAGAAGUAGAUCAACAUGCCGUGGGCUCCGAAUUAUUUUGGGAAGUGUAUGCGAUUGGUCAUGUUUUUUCUCGUUAUCCUAUAAAUUGCUUUGCAUUUGUUAAGUUUCCUUGAGCUGCCUUGUUUUGGUUGACUUGUCUACUAGCUGUAUUUUGUUGUGGUGGGGGAAGUGAGAAUGCGCAUUGCUAUUUAUCGAAAGAAAAAUCAGAAAGCAAAACAACUGGGACAAAUUAAUAUGAGUAUUGGAAGCAUUGCUUUUUACCAAUUGAUGCAAGUUCGACAGGCCGAGUAUUUCCGUCAGUUGCUUAAGCCUGUUACGUAGUCUGGCCAUUGGGAUCAACCUUUGUUAUCAUUUGGUUUGAAAUCAACUGAGAACUUGUUAAAAAUAGUCUGCACCAUUUAUCUUCGAUGGAUACAACUUAGUUCUACCAUUAGCCUUUAGUCAAGAAUUUGUUCCUUUCCCUAUACUCUGCCCAAAUUCGAAACCCAACCCAAACUGUGUACUGUUAUUUGUUCCAGACCUACUUUCUAAACUAGCUUUCAUGCAUAGCCACCAGCCAAACUUGCCUCCAAACUGGAUGCCCCCGCUUGCUGAUCAUGUGGGCUAUCACACACAAAAUGCUCGUAUGCCCUCUCUCUUUGAUGGGCUCGUUGCCCCCAACAUUAUCAACCCAUGUAUGCCUUUUGGCAACAUUGAUAUUCAACCUACCAAUGCCUGCCCGAGAAACUUCAUUAUCUUUGACCAAAACAAGAACCGAAGCCAGAUCAUGCUCCACCCAGAGAUAAGCUCCAAAAUGUUCUAUCCCGGUUUUGGUUCCGAGACGGCUCUCUUCCAAGAGGCCGCCAGUCUAAAGGAAGCUAACGAUGAAGGAGAAGCUACAGCAUCUCAACUGAAAGAAGAUUCGGAUGACAUUGAUGCUCUUCUCGCUACGGAAUACGAAGAAGAGGAAGAAUCUGGCGAUGAAGUGAGCACAGCGCGAACGAAUGCUCCCUAUGAGUGCAGCUCCCCGGAUUCAUGUUCGAACUUUGAGUCUGUGUCCAAGAGGAGCAGGUCACUGUUCAAGAAGUCAACUGAGACCCGCUGCAACGGCAAGAAACGGCAGAGUGUGAGGAAGAUGGUGAAGGCGUUGAGAGGGAUUGUGCCUGGUGCUAACCGGAUGAGCUCUGUGGCAGUGCUGGAUGAAGCUGUUCGUUAUCUGAAGUCCCUCCGUGUGGAGGUGAAGAAGCUUGAACGAGUAGAGCUUAAUUGACGACGCCCACUGUGCCAGGUCAGCUAGCAAGAUUGCCUAUAAAUUUGUUGCCAUAUUUGUAGUUUUAAUAUAUUUAUUGUGUAGUAAGUUUGAUGAUUGCCUAGUUUGUCUUUGAUGAUGCCAUGUUUAAAUUUCUUAUUAGUAUGUUAUUUCUGUAGCAAUGUAACUCAAAAUGAAGUACUCCUCUGUAAUCUUGAAUUUGAAUUUGCAUUUGCAUUUUAUUUCCCA